AUGAUUAUUCGACAGGACACUGUUCGAUUCCGAGAAAUUUCUGAGAUGUCAUUAGUUGAGAAUAUCGUACCGCCAGGUUCGCGUGUCACUUGUACGCCAGAUAUAACCCACGAUACACCUGGAAUGCUGUGUUUAUCAAGAGGAUGUAUAUAUGAUCCCAAAGCCACAUUUCCGACACCGUCCUGUUAUUUCCCAUGCAAAAGCGGAUAUGUGGCCACAUCAGUAACACGGAACAAUGGAACGAUUGUGGUAAAACUCGAGGAGUAUAAGAAGUUCAAGAAUCCAUUCGGAAACAACUACCCACAACUCACUCUUACAGCUAAAUCCGUUCAAAAAACCACGAUGAACAUUCGCAUUGCACCCAAAGAGAAAAGCAUCAAUUUUGGCAGAUAUGAACCGAAUUUGGACAUGCCGAGGGAAUCCGUGGAAACUGGUGAGAGCUUCAUCGUGGAAACGUCGAAUGCGACUUCGGUGUUUUCAUUUAAAGUAAUUCGAACGUCAACAAAAGAAGUGAUAUGGGAUACAUCGAUUGGUGGUCUGAUGUUCGCUGAUCAAUACAUCCAAAUCGCUGCUUACCUUGACAGCUCAAAUAUUUAUGGUCUUGGUGAAAGUUACGAUGUGAGACUACGACAUAUUCUGCAAGGUUAUCAAACAUGGGCAAUGUUCGCAAGAGAUGAAAGAAUUCCGAAAUGGGGACCUUUCAUUACAUAUGGUAAAAAGAACCUUUACGGUGCGUAUCCAUUCUAUAUGGCAAUUGAAAGAGAUGGUAAAACGCACGGUGUACUCUUUUUGAAUAGUAACGCUCAGGAAGUGACGCUCGGUCCUCACCCGCAAAUCAUCUAUCGCACAAUUGGCGGAAUUCUUGAUGUGUAUUUCUUCCCGGGUCCGAAGCCGGAAGACGUCAUUCGACAAUACCUCGCUUACGUCGGACGUCCAGUACUUCCACCAUAUUGGGCUCUUGGACAGCAGAUCAGUCGUCCUGGUUUGUCUCUAGAAGAGCUGAGCAGUUUUGUUCAGGAUAACAAGUAUCAAAGCGUGGUUCAUAUUAACAUCGAUUACAUGAAGGAUUAUCAGGAAUUCACUCUGGCACAGUCGUGGCAAAAUCUCUCCAAUUUCAUCGAGCAGUUGCAUCGAAAAGACAUUCAUGCAGUUAUUGAAGUUGGUCCUGUCCUUGCGGUUACAGGAGAAGCGUUCCUUAGAGCGAGAAAUGCGAGAGCGGAUUUCUUCGAAUGGCAAGAUCCGAAGGAUGUUCCAGCAUCCGUUCAAAAUCUGUACAAUUCAACCAAGAACACAAAGAUAAUGCUUGGCGUUUCAUGGCCGAAUGUGCACGUUGCGUUUCCGAACUAUGAUUCGACGGAGACGAUGCGUUGGUGGUCUCGGGAAAUUCAGCGCUUCCAGGAACAGGUACGUUUAUUCAACAUUUUCUGCAUUAACGUCAUAUUUGCAAUUGUCACUGUUGAGGUUAGAAUACUCGCAGUAUGA